UGUCGCGAGUGAACUGUAGGGUGCGCCGAAAGUAUGAAAAACAUGUUUUGUGUAUUGUAUGAGAACAAUUUUUUUGUUUGAAUAUGUGUUUUGUAGCUUAAGUAUAGUGUGAUAUUAGAUUUUACAAAAUCUAUGUCUAAAUUUAUAAUGUAUUUUUCAAAAUUCUUAGUGUAACUUUGGUUAAAUAACUUGUACGGUGUUAUUUUGAUAUUAAGUUAGUGAACUCAAUCAAAAUGGCGCAUCAAAUGCCCCCAUCAGUGAACUGUUCGUUAGAUGAGAUUGACUUAACAGCUCUUAAGGAACCUGCAGGAAUAUUUGAGCUCAUUGAAGUUGUCGGAAAUGGGACCUACGGACAGGUUUACAAGGGGCGGCAUACAAAAACUGGCCAGUUGGCGGCUAUUAAAGUUAUGGACGUCACCGAAGAUGAGGAGGAAGAAAUCAAAUUGGAAAUAAAUGUUCUCAAGAAAUAUUCAAAUCACCGUAACAUUGCCACUUAUUAUGGAGCAUUCAUAAAGAAAUCUCCUCCGGGCAAAGACGAUCAGUUGUGGUUGGUGAUGGAAUACUGUGGUGCAGGAUCUGUAACUGAUCUAGUGAAGUCUACGAAGGGUCAGUCGCUGAAAGAAGAAUGGAUAGCAUACAUCUGCCGUGAAAUCCUGAGGGGGUUGUCAUAUUUGCACUCAAACAAGGUUAUCCACAGAGACAUCAAGGGGCAGAAUGUCCUGUUAACGGAUAAUGCCGAAGUUAAAUUAGUUGACUUUGGUGUGUCUGCUCAGUUGGAUAGAACAAUAGGCCGCCGAAACACCUUUAUAGGAACACCGUAUUGGAUGGCCCCAGAGGUUAUAGCCUGCGAUGAAAAUCCUGAUGCAACAUAUGACAAUCGUAGUGACUUAUGGUCUCUAGGUAUAACAGCAUUAGAAAUGGCCGAAUCGCAGCCUCCCCUCUGUGAAUUGCAUCCGAUGAGAGCCCUCUUCCUCAUCCCACGAAACCCACCUCCGAGACUCAAAAGCAAAAAGUGGAACAAAAAAUUUCAUGGCUUCAUCGAAACAGUAUUAGUCAAGGAUUACCACGAACGUCCUUAUACUGAGCAAUUAUUAAAGCACCCAUUCAUAAGGGACCAACCUACCGAACGCCAGGUAAGAAUUCAACUGAAGGAUCACAUCGAUCGUUGCAAAAAGAGGAAGCAGGAGAAAGAAAGGGAAGAUUACAGAUAUUCGGGCUCAGAGAACGAAGAAGAAGAACCACAACUUGCAGGAGAGCCUAGUAGUAUCGUUCAGGCUCCCGGAGGAGAUACUUUACGUAGGAACUUCCAGCAAAUACAAGAAGGGCGCACCCUUAGUCAAGUCGAACCACCCCCACGAAGUGGUAAAAAUAAGGAUAGAGAAGAAAUUCCCGAACCUGGACCCCCAGCUCGACCACCCAUACCACAAAGGGUAAUAGUGAUACCUGAUCCUGCCCCACCAAGACGACCACUGCCACCGCCACCCGAUAAUAAUUUUGCCGCUUCCAGAUCUCAACAACAACAACCACAAAGGAACUCACAGCAUCAGUUCAAACCUAUGGCUGCUGCACGUAAACCUGAGGAAUUAGACGCGUUAGCAGCACACUUAAACGAACUCGGCGUUCAGCAAACUAACCAACCCGAAGCACCUCCUAGAAACAACAGGAAUAACAAGCAGGCACAGUCUGCGGCUAACAAUAAUGUAUCUACUCCCAGCUCGGCUACUAAUCACACACCUAGCAACCAGGCCAUUGGAGGUAACAACAUUGACACCCUCGUGGAUAGCGAAAGUGACUCAGAACCUGAAGACAACGGACGAGUGAGGAACGAUGGAACUUUGUUGGCUAGUGACCCUCCAAAACCACUAGCCGGACUGGGAGUAGUCCCUGAAGGCACGGCGAGUGUAUCGAGUCCUGGUGCCACGGCGGGAUCUGGUUCUAGUUCCGGUAGUGCUCCCAAUAGACCUUUACCUCCUACACCAGACGACGACGAAUCUCAAGGCGACAGAACUUUGGUUCUUAGGAAGCAGUCUGCAGUUAGUCAUGGCAACAAAAGUCAAAACGUCGAAGACAUAGAUGAAGCCACGUUGCUAAAAGACUGGGACUUUGACAAGUUCUUCCCUAAAAAAACAAACACAGAAUCUUCCUCCUCGCCAUCAAAUAGUUCAGACACCAAAAAGGAAGAAAGAGACAAAAAACAAGGCCAUCGCAGAAUGGAGAGCGAUUCAAAAAUAUCGAAUCCGUUUUUCCGCGGUUUCCGAAGAGAAAAUUCGGAUUUCUUCCCCAUGAGUGCUCGACAUUCUGCUGUGUAUAUCGAUAAAAAUGCUAGAUCUAGCGGUAUUUUUAAUAAUCGUCGGGGGUCUGAUGUAGGAAUGUCUAGAAAAACCACCGGUGAACCAGUCUUAACUGAAUAUGUAAAGAAAACCGAUUCUCUGAUUACAUCGACUCCUAGUAAGAACGAUGUGAAUCGUAACUACGGAGUCGUAAAUGAUAAAAAAGAAAACAGCAUUCUGAACAGUAUUAUUAGACCCCGACGUGAGAAAACUGAAUCUGAUAUUGUGUUGAGACAUUCUGAAGCUAGGAGAAGCAUCAGAGAAAGCUUAGAGGCACGCCGUAGGGAAGUGGAGUCUCAGUUUGCAAAGGAGGCCGAAAAUAUAAGGAGACGGAGCUCGAAACCGAUCGAAAUAAACUCCCUCAACCUCUCGAAUAUCUCGAAUACAUCCACAGGAUCGAAUUUAACUGUUGGGGAUGAGUUUUCUUUCAUACAGAACGGGAGAAGUAGUGAUCACUCGCGACAAAGUAGUGUUUUACCUGACCUCCUUAGUCAAGCCAGUGGCAGUCCUGGUACCCCAUCAGCUCGAGAUAAAUCGACAAACGAAGAGUUCCACAGUACCCCUCCGUCUACUACUCAUAACUUACAUGCUAACGCUCUUGCCUUACAACAGAAACAACGUUCCUUCCUUGCAUUCGGAUUCGGAGCCAGCUCCGCCCCGUCAAGGAGAGAAUCACAUGUAAACGUUAACGUUACUCCAACGUCACAUGACAUAUCAUCCGAUACUCCGGAAAUUAGGAAAUACAAGAAGAGAUUCAACAGUGAGAUUUUAUGUGCUGCCUUAUGGGGCGUAAAUCUUCUCAUUGGUACUGAACAUGGACUGAUGCUAUUAGAUAGAAGCGGACAAGGAAAGGUGUAUCAAUUAAUUUCAAGAAGGCGGUUCCAGCAGAUGGAAGUGCUUGAAGGGCAGAACAUUCUCGUUACGAUCUCAGGCAAAAAGAAUCGGGUUCGAGUGUACUAUCUCAGCUGGCUCAAGAGUAAAAUUUUACGGACGGAUGGCAUGAGCGAUCAAGUAGAACGAAGAAACGGAUGGAUAAACGUAGGUGAUCUUCAAGGGGCGGUCCACUUCAAGAUAGUAAAAUACGAGAGAAUAAAGUUCCUGGUGAUAGCCUUAAAAGACAGUAUUGAAAUUUACGCGUGGGCACCCAAGCCCUACCACAAAUUCAUGGCUUUCAAGUCGUUCUGUGAUUUGACAUAUCGCCCGCUCCUGGUCGAUUUGACAGUCGAGGAAGGCACGAGACUUAAGGUGAUCUAUGGGAGCAGUGAUGGAUUCCAUGCCGUUGACUUGGACUCGGCUAGCGUUUACGAUAUCUACUUACCCAAACACACACAAAAUGGAAUUAGUCCACACUGUAUAGUUACUUUACCAAAUAGUAAUGGAAUGCAGCUCUUACUUUGUUACGAUAAUGAAGGUGUAUAUGUGAACACGUAUGGUAGGAUAUCUAAGAAUAUGUUGCUCCAGUGGGGUGAAAUGCCAACAUCGGUAGCAUACAUAGGCACAGGCCAGAUAAUGGGUUGGGGUAAUAAGGCCAUAGAGAUACGUUCGGUGGAAUCAGGACAUUUAGACGGAGUAUUUAUGCAUAAAAAGGCUCAGAGGUUAAAGUUUUUGUGCGAACGAAACGACAAGGUCUUCUUUUCUAGUGCUAAGAGUGGGUCUUCUUGUCAAAUUUAUUUCAUGACCCUCAACAAACCCGGCAUGGCGAAUUGGUAACGUUGGAAUAAUUUAAAACAGUUCGAUGUCACGUACGUAAGGGAUGACUCUCUCGAACAAAUUUCUUUUGGUCAGCCAAGCCGUUGUGGAGGAAUCAGUUUAAUUUU